AAAGGUGAGAUUAUUUCCAUGAAUUUUUUCUAAUUUAUUUAUUUAAUUUUUUUUUUUUGGCAAGAAGUAAGAGUAAAAUUUUACGACCCAUAACCCAAAUACGACAUAAACUUGACUCAUUUGUCAACUUCAAAAUCAAGAAUUUAUUUCCGUUUGCCAUACUUUCCAAAAAUGGACAAUUUUCGAAAGAGAGACGAAAGGUAUAUAUAAAAGUUUCCGUACCCAAAUUUCCCCAAUCAUUCUCAAUAAGAUGGACACAUUGCCAAAUUUCCAACCUCAAAUCAGCAUCAAUUUCGGAUACUUCUAUCAAAAACAGAAUAAUUCUAUCUCCUUCAAUAAAUACACCGCCGUUUCAUUAUUUCAUCAUCCUCUUUAUCAAUUCCAAACAAAAUUUCUCUAUAAAAAAUCUUAGUCAUGACUAUCAACGAAUCCAUUAAUGGGGUAACGAUUUCUGCUGUGAUUCUUGAUUUGGAUGGUACCCUUUUGGAUACAGAAAUUGCGACAAGAUGUGUUUUGAGAGAUUAUUUGGCGAGUUAUGGGAAAGUUUUGAUUACUGAUAAAGAGCAUGGGAGAGUGGGAAGAACUCAGAAGGAAUCAGCUGUUGCAAUUGUUAAGAAUUAUGAUCUUCCUCUAACUCCUGAUCAAUUUAUUGCUGAAAUUACUCCUUUGUAUCGUUCUAAGUGGAAAGAUGCCAAAGCACUUCCUGGUGCCAAUCGCCUUAUCCAACAUCUCCAUAAGCAUCAGAUCCCAUUUGCUCUUGCCUCAAACUCACUACAAGAAUACAUAGAAGCCAAAAUUUCUUAUCAAAAAGGUUGGAAGGAGUUGUUUUCUGUCAUUCUUGGAAGUGACCAAGUUUUAUCAGGGAAACCAUUUCCAGACUUAUAUCUAGAGGCUGCAAAAAGACUAUCAAUGGAUCCUGUUAAUUGCCUGGUUAUAGAGGACUCUUUGAUAGGUGUUAAAGCUGCAAAAGCUGCUGGAAUGAAGGUAGUGGUUGUCCCGUCUCAAUCCGAGGCUGAUGCUGCCGCCUUGGCAGACUCCAGUCUUCAGUCUCUUCUGGAUUUUCAGCCUGAGUUGUGGGGUCUUCCUUCUUUUGCUCAAUGAUUUGUAUGUGUCCUCAAGUUUAAAUACCCGCCAAUUAUUUAGGUCAGUUGAUUUGAUGUUUUUGGAAAGAGUUACUAGAUGAUGCAUUCAUUGAUGUAAAUUUUGGGUGUAUAAUGUUGAAGUAGAUCAAAAAAUUUUGGCCGUCUGCAGAAGGUAAAAGUUACUAGUUGAUGGACUAGUGUUUUUCUAUUACUAAAUUCUAGGUUAAAGUAUAAUCUUAUUGUAUAGAACCUUUUUUCCCCCUCUUGUAAAGUAGAAUAAUGCAUGGCAUAUACUAUUUGGAAUAUAAAUAAUUCAUUCGUUUCUUUUUA